AUGCAAGAAGAGACGGGAACCACUACAGUGUUAUCAGACUCUUGCAUUACAAAGGAUGAUGAAUUUAAGAACACAGUAGUUGCAAAAAAUAUAUUGCUGCUACAGAACCGAGAGCUGAAUACACUAGAAAUAGUCAAACGCGAAGAGGAUCAGGAAUUGACAAAAUAUACGAAUGGGAGGUUUAGGUGUGUGAAAUGUGAUAAAGAAAUGGAGAAGCUUUCGUUUUUGGCAAUCCAUCAUCGAAGUCAUACCAGUAAAAUACACUUUACAUGUCCACAAUGUCAAUGCAUAUUUCACACGUUAAACGACUUAUCCAACCACUGCCAGAAACAUUCAAUGAUGCAAAUCUCAUGUCCCAAAUGUGAAGAAUGUUUUGAAGACUCGAGACUUUUUAAGAUGCAUCUCGAAAUACACAUAAUUGACAUGGAAAAUAACGAGGACGAAACACAGGUGGAUGAUGAUGAGUUGCCCGAUAUUGAUAGAGGCCUGUUAUACGAUGAAAUUCACUACCUCAACGAGAUAGUUCUGGUGCGCUCGCUUGGUAUAUCUCGGAGUAGCUAUAAAGAAUCGUUCCCAUGUAAGUACUGUCCGAUUGUAUGUACAAGCAAGGUUCGUCUGUCUAUACAUUUGCUUGCUCAUAAAGAGUUUGCUGCUUUCACUACUGAUAAAUUAGAAGUAUCUCCUAUCUAA